AUGGAUAAUCCUGAACCGAGAGCCCCUAGGAGGAGGGCCGAACCAGGUCAGGCUGGUGCCAGAAGGAGAGCACCAGGGGAUCCUAGAUUGGACCAGAUCCUGCAGGCUUUAGAGACUUUAAUAGGGCAGCAGGCUCAGAAUCAAGCCGCCGCUGCCGCUGCUGUACCUGCACCUGCACCUGCGCCUGUGCCUGUAGAUGUUCCGUUAGCUGGCAAUGGAAAUGGGAACCAGCCCAUGCACAAGUUGGUGGAGCAAUUUCUGAAACUCAAGCCGCCCAAGUUCACUGGCACGGGUGAUCCUGAGGCUGCAACCCUCUGGAUUAGGGAGUUGGAAAAGGUUUUUGCCUUACUGAGAUGUACAGAUGAAGACAAGGUGACACUGGCAGUCUACCAAUUGCAAGGUAACGCCAGUACUUGGUGGGAAGCUACCCAGAGGAGGGUAUUUCCCGAAGGUACGGCCCGGGUGUGGGGUGCCUUCGUGGAAGCUUUUUAUAAUAAGUACUUUUCGGACUGCGCUCGAGAGCAGAAGAUGAAUGAGUUUCAGCGUCUUCGGCAGAACCAAUUGUCGGUAGACCAGUACGAGGCAAGGUUUGCUGAGCUGUCCCAAUAUGCCCCGAGGUUGAUUGAAGACCCAGUUGACAAGGCAAGGAGGUUUAGGGAUGGGCUGAAACCUGAGAUUAAGGAUCAACUGGUGCCCCUGAAUCUGAAGGACUAUAAUGAGCUGUAUGAAAGAGCGCAAUUAAUUGAGAGAAACUUGGCUGAGAGGACAGCCGCGUCUGGAUCGCGGUUUGUGCCAAACAAGGAUAAUCAUCGGUUUGGGAAGAGACCGAUGACAGGAAGUAAGUUCCACGUCCCUCCUAAUAAGAAAGGUGGCGUGAGGAAACCGGUGUACAACAAUAAUGGCCCCUGUCGAUUCUGUGGAAGACACCAUGGAUCAGCCCCUUGCCCUAUGAGGACGGGAGUUUGUUUUGGAUGUGGCCAGCACGGCCACCACGUGAGAGACUGUCCACGCCAGGCAGCGGGAGCGCAAAGACCAAUGCAGCAGGUAGGACAACCUACAAGUAGUGCCCCGCCGAACCAGUGGAACCGACCCCAAGUGCAAGGAAGGGUCUAUGCUGUCACAAGGAAGGAGGCGGAGGACUCGCCUGCCGUCAUUACAGGUACGGUUUCAUUACACGACCAUGCUGCCUAUGCUUUGUUUGAUCCUGGAGCUACGCAUUCAUUUGUGGCUAAGCAAUUUGUGGAAUUAGUGGGGUUAAGUCCGAAACCGCUGGGAGUGGUUUAUAAUAUUUCUACCCCUUUAAAGAAUAGUAUAGUGUCUGCAGUAGGCUGUACUGGUUGUAGAUUAUCUGUUGGUGGUCGUGAGGACAAAGAUAGAUUUGAUUGUUUUGACGAUGUUCGACUUUGA